CGGCCGGCUGAGUGGGGCCCGCCCCGCCGCGGCCUCCAGCGGGGAGAGAGGCGGCGGCCGGCGGGGUUGGUGCCAGGAUGGCGCAGGGACAAGCACCGACAGACAUGUAUGUGUAUGUGUAUAUACACAUAUGAAUGCACGCACACGCAUAUAUUUAUACACAAAGCCUCUGCUCCUCUCUCCCAUUCCGGUUGGCCGUCCCGCUGCCUCCCCCCCGGCCCUCCCCGCCUCAGGCCGAGCCGCUUCUCGCCCACGCCCGCCGCCACGGGAGCCGCUGCCCCCGCCGGCCAUGGACGCGGCGCUGGCGGCCUCGGGGCGGUGUGGCCGCCGCGCAGGGAGCGCCCGGAGCCGGCUGGUCACGGCCCCUCGCUGGCACUCCGGGAUGCACCGGGCUCCCCCUGCCAGGAAAGAGUAACCAGUGCUGCUGAUGGCGCCGUGGCUCGUUUUUAGAGGCAAGAGUGUUCUGCUUUAGGGAGCGUUGCCAGAAAUUGUAUUUUACAGGCUAAAGAUUGCUGUUUAGGAAUGUGUUUAUCCCUUCUUUGGAGGAAUCAAGCUGCUUUAUAAACUACCUGUUUUACUUCAAAAUCUGCUUGAUUCGUCUUUCCAGAAUGAAGACUCUUCAAUAAUCUUUGCAUCCCAUUCCCAGUUUUUCAACUGACAGCCGCAGGGUUGCUGGCUGCUUUUUGGGUUGAAAUAAUGGCCGGUGGGAAAGAGAGGAAAUGGUGCUGGAGUCUGCAGCCAGUGCUGUGAUUCUGUGCUUCCUGCUGAUAAGCUCUGAUGGUGCGGUAGCUGAAAUUGAGAAAAAGAUUAUAGAAGCUUUUGAGGUGUUCGAUCAAGGAGGCGAUAAAACUGUGAGCAUCAGAGACAUUGGUUCAAUUGUCAGGUCACUGGGUUGCUUCCCAACUGAGGCAGAACUACAUGAACUGCUUGCAAAUAUAGAAAAAGAAGAACCGACCGGAUACAUUCAUCUGGAAAAAUUUCUUCCAGUGAUGACAAAAGUACUACUCGAUAGAAGCUACCGGCCCAUUCCAGAAGAUGUUCUUCUACAUGCAUUUGAGGCUUUGGAUGAGAAUAAAUGUGGAUAUAUUACUAAAGAGGAACUGGUCAAAUAUAUGACUGGAGAAGGUGAGCCUUUUACCGAGGAAGAAAUGGAGGACAUGCUCUCCACAGCUCUAGAUCCAGAAACAAAUACUCUUCACUACAGAGACUACAUUUUAAAGCUUAUUGUAGAGUAAGAUCUUCCCCUGUUGUGUUUGAGAUGCCUUUUGGUAACAGCAGUGUAGCUUGACAGUUAGGUGUAGUAUGUAUUUUAAAGUGUAACAAAGCUCGGCUUGGGGCCUUGUGCUUAUAAUUAAAAUAAAAUCUGUGUAGCUGUACUUCCUUGGGUUCUGUAUACAUGUUGAAAUAUAUUCACACCUGGAAAAAGAGCUCUUGACAGAAAUACUGUGUAACGUCUGGAAAAGAAAUCAUGGAUUUGGGUUUGAAAAAUAACAGGAAAAAUAAUGUUAAUGGAGUCAAAAAAUGACUUUACAAUUGCUUCUGAAAAACUAACGGAAAAUGAGACCUGUGAAAGUGGGUAAUAAGUAGGUGAGUACCUUAAGAUGACUAAAAUUGUGAAGGCAUGCUAAUAAGAUAAAGCUUUUAUAUUUAAAUGUAAUCCCUGUUUGUGUUUAACGAAUAAGGUGCCAGGUAAGUUACUACCUUUGAAAUAAUAUUAUUGAUCAAAUAAACUUUAUACAACUUCUAA